AUGGCCUUCGCCGGUGGCGGCAGGGGCGGUGCUGGAUCCUGGGGCGCGGCGGCGCUCGGCGACGGCGGCCAGGCCCCAGCCCUCUGGCGAGGCAAGGGCCGCGCGGUCGGCCGCGGCGCCAGCGGUGGAGGGAAGGGCAAGGGCGCGACUGACGCAGCCCCUCGGUCGCCCAGCCAGGCCGCUGCGCCGUGGCAGCGCGAGAUCAAGUGGCGUUGUGCAUGGUGCAGCUGUGCGCGCAACCUCGACUCCAUGGUCUACUGCAAGCACUGCGGAGAGUGGCGCACCGAGGCGCCCAGCCAGGGGGCGGACGCUGCAUUGGAAGGCCCUGCUGUUGACCCCAGCCUCACGGUCUCCGAGCUCGAGGACCUCGUGCGCCUGGCCGAGAAGGCAGGGGACCAGCGCGUGGCAGGACGCUACAAGCAGCAGCUGCAAGUUCAGAAGGCUGGUGAUCCCCCGCCACAGCAGCGUAUCAGUGCCAUCGGUGCCAAGGUCGCCGAGCUCGAGACGGUUUUGGAGAAGGAAGUCCAGAAGCUCGAGCAGUACCAGCAGUGGGUGGCCCAGCAGGCGGACACUGUCGCAGAGCUCACGGAGCGUUUAUCUCAGGCCGACGCCGAGUACAGGGCUGCAGUUGCCUCUCUGGUCGGUGACCGACCUGAUCGAGCUGCCUCUCCAGCUCCACCUCGCAUCUCCAUCAAGGAGGUGGUCGACGGAACUGGCAGCAUCAUCGACCUCAUCGACGUCGACUCUGUGUUUGACGUGGAUGGCUACGAGUGCUCGGAUGACGACCGCAAGAACAUCGCUGACCGUCGUGAUCUGCUGCGGUCCCAGCUGCAGGACGUUGCCAAGGGCCUCUUCUCUGGCGCACUCGAGAAGCUGGAGGCCAUCAAGGCCGAGCAGGCCGCCCACGUCGCCCGCCUCACGAAGAAGAAGCGCAAGGGUGCAUCAGGUGAAGGUGCGGCUGCAGGCCCCGUGGCAGGCGCGAAGCAGGACUCGACCACAGCCAGCCAGGACCCCAAGGCGAAGGACAGGGACAAGUCGGUCGGGUUCGCGGACUCUGCACCGCCUUCUGCUCGGUCCGCGGGUGGUCACGUUUUGGUCCCUCAUAGGGUCGUAGGUGCCAUCGUCAAUAUCCCAGGCGGCGACGCGCUGUACGUCGUCAGUGCGUACCUCCAUCACUCCCAGGGGCUCAGCGACCACAACCUGGGGCUCCUCUCGCAUGUGGCCGCCGCAUUGGAGGUGUGGGCUGCACGGUCCAAGGCCCCGCAGAUGUACUGGGCUUUGGUUUUGGAGCAGGACAGGAAGCCCCCAGUGCGACAGCCCCUGUGCUAUGCAAUCAAGUGGCUGAGUUUGAAGUUCAGAAUGUACGUUUCGCUACUCGACGCUCAUGGCCCCGUUGCGGUCAGGCCCAAGGCUGGGUCCCGCUCGCUCACCUCAGCUGUCAUCCUGGAAAAGGACCCCACGUACUACGGGCCCAUCGCGCCCAUCCUGAGGUACGCCAAGGAGCUCUGGGGGACCCAUAUGCGCUCUUUUACGUUUACCCUGUCCUGGCCUGAGCUCCGCACUUCUUGGGAGUCCAUAUUCCUGGGACCAGGGCCCGACAACUGGAAGCAGGUCUCGGGGCCCAUCAGUGCCAUGAAGCUUAGUUUGCAGCGCAUUGGGUGGUCGAUGCCCAGUUUCACGGUCAUGAGGGACCAGUUUGGUGUGGACCUGCCGCGGUGCUUCACCUUCAUGAGCGACGCGCAGGCGCCAAGUUUCUGCCCUCUCUUCCGCAGCCUGUUCGAGUUUGUCAUGAUCAGGGCCCACAAGCUAGGCAAUGACACUGCUGACCAGGCCGCUCGCCUCGCCGCCCUGAGGCAUCCGGCCCCCGCCCCUGUGGACGCUGAGCGGGCCGCGCGCUCGGCGCGUAUUGCGAGGGCGGUCUGCAGGCUCGCUGCGCGGGUCAUGUCUCUCUGGCCGAGGCUUGAUCUUUCGGAGGCCUCCAGGGGGGGGAAGGGAAAGAGCAGCUCCGACGAGUCAGGCGCGGUGCUGCCCGAGGGCGCGGGUCGCGCAGACGGCAAGGAGGCAGCGGGCGGCCCCGCUGCCCGCCUGACCGCGCUCGGCAGGCACUUGGCGGUCCUGCCCUGCGACGUGCGCGUGGGCCGGCUCGUGGUGCUGGGCGCCUUCCUGGGGUGCGCGCCGGCGGCGUGCUCGGUGGCGGCAUGGCUGUCGGUGCGGUCCCCGCUGGUGAGGCCCUGGCAGCCGGAGCAGGAGAGGAACAGGGAGGAGCUGCAGCGCCGGUGCCUCAAGGGCAAGGGCGGCAGCAAGUCCGACCACUGCUUCUGGGUCGCGGUCGUGGACGGCUACCUGGCAGCGGGCUGGAAGCAGCGGCGCUCGCUCUGUGCAGAGCUGGGCCUCUCCUACGAUCGCAUGUCCGAAGUGGAGUCCGUGCGCAGCCAGCUCUUGGGCGGCCUCCGCUCCUUGGGCGGAGGCCAACGGCGGCGACUGGCGCAUCGUGCGCGCCGC